GAGACUUGUCUGCUCCUUUAACACUUGGUCCUCUCCUGUUCUCCAAUUGGUGUGCCUGUGGUUCCCUGAGGCACUUGCAUGGCAGCUCUGACAGUGAUACUAAUGGUGCUGAGCCUUCCUCUGGCUAUGGCUAGGGACACCCGCUGUAAGUUUACACAGUGGCAAGUAAAAUUUGUGUGUCCUUUCUCCAACGGGACGGAGCGGUUGCGGUUUGUGCACAGAAGCAUCUAUAACCGACAGGAGUGCAUCGGCUUCGACAGCGACGUGGGGGAGUUCCCGGCGGCCGUGGCAGAGCCGGGGCGGCCAGAGGCCGAGUCCUGGCACCGACGGAAGGAUCUCUUGGAUGACGAGCGGGCCGCGGGGGACACGUACUGCAGACAAAACUACAAGAUUUUUGAUAGAUUCCGUGUGCCGCGGAGAGUUCAGCCUAAGGUGACUGUGUAUCCUGCAAAGACCCAGACCCUGCAACACCACAACCUCCUGGUCUGCUCUGUGAGUGGUUUCUAUCCAGGCAACAUCGAAGUCAGGUGGUUCCGGAACGGCCAGGAAGAGGAGGCUGGGGUAAUCUCCACAGGCCUGAUCCAGAAUGGAGACUGGACCUACCAGAUCCUGGUGAUGCUUGAAACAGUUCCUCUGAGUGGAGAGGUUUACAGCUGUGAAGUGGGGCACCCAAGCCUGAUGAGCCCUGACACAGUGGAAUGGAGGGCACUGUCUGAGUCUGCACAGAGCAAGAUGCUGAGUGGAAUAGGGAACUUUGUGCUUGGCCUGCUCUUCCUUGGAAUAGGGCUAUUUAUCUACCUCAGGAAUCAGAAAGGGCACUCUAGACUUCUGACAACAGGACUCCUGAGCUGAAGUGUGGAUGACAGUACUCAAGGAGAAACCUUCUGUCUCAGCUUCUCAGCAUGAAAAGCUUUCCCACUAGACUCUUAUUCUUUCUCA